AAAACACUUCUUUAUUAAACAGAGUUUCGAAGACUUACAGCUCGAUUUUAUAUCAAAAAUGAAUGGUAAAUUACUCAAACAGUGUUAUAGUACAGCGUUUUCAAAAUUAUGUCCAACUUCUGGGUCACUGAUAGAGAACAGCAAAAUUUCAGCACAGAGGAAUAUAAACUUUAAGACUUUUAUAUCAAAGAAGUUUCUACAUAAAUCAGCAAUUAUGAACAGUCUUCUUAAUGGUAAUUUGUGGGAUACGGACCCCGAACUUUUCGAAAUAAUAAAGAAAGAGAAGCAGCGACAACGACAUGGCUUGGAGAUGAUAGCUUCUGAAAAUUUUACAUCAGUACCAGUACUGCAAUGCCUCAGUUCCUGUCUUCACAAUAAGUAUUCUGAAGGAAUGCCACAUCAAAGAUACUAUGGAGGUAAUGAAUACAUAGAUGAAAUUGAAAUAUUAGCACAAAAACGUUCUCUUGAAGCAUUCAGACUGAGCGAUGAGCAGUGGGGUGUCAAUGUUCAGCCGUAUUCAGGUUCUCCUGCUAACUUUGCUGUUUACACCGGUGUUGUGGAACCUCAUGGCAGGAUUAUGGGGUUAGAUCUUCCUGAUGGUGGUCAUCUUACUCAUGGAUUCUUCACCGCUACAAAGAAAAUCUCUGCCACUUCUAUCUUCUUUGAAAGCAUGCCUUACAAGGUGGAUCCUAAAACUGGCUUAAUCGAUUAUGACAAGUUGGCGGAAACAGCUAAGUUAUUUAAGCCUCGCCUUAUAAUAGCUGGUAUCAGUUGCUACUCGCGCUGUUUGGAUUACAAACGGUUCAGGCAAAUUGCUGAUGAGAAUGGUGCUUACUUGAUGGCUGAUAUGGCACAUGUCUCUGGUCUUGUUGCCGCAGGUGUCAUCCCAAGUCCCUUCGAGUAUUGUGACAUAGUUACAACAACAACGCACAAAACGUUGCGAGGUCCGAGAGCGGGUGUGAUAUUCUUCCGCAAAGGUGUUCGCUCGGUGAAUGCGAACGGCACUAAAGUCAUGUUUGAUUUCGAGAGCAAGAUAAACCAGGCUGUAUUCCCUGGUCUGCAAGGAGGUCCUCACAACCACGCUAUUGCAGCUAUCGCUACAACUAUGAAGCAAACUAUCUCUCCCGAGUUCAUUGAAUAUCAGAAACAAGUAGUGGAGAAUGCAAAGCGUUUAUGCGAAGGUCUGAUGUCACGAGGUUAUGACAUCGCCACCGGAGGCACAGACGUGCACCUGGUGCUGGUGGACAUGCGGCGCGCGGGGCUGAGCGGCGCGCGCGCUGAGCGCAUCCUCGAGCUCUGCAGCAUCGCCUGCAACAAGAACACCGUGCCCGGAGACAAGAGUGCUCUCAACCCAAGUGGAAUACGACUUGGCACUCCAGCGUUAACCACACGUGGUUUAAAGGAAGCCGACAUCGAUAGAGUAGUCGAUUUUAUCGACAAGGCUCUUAAACUUGGACAAGAGAUUACGAAAAUAUCAGGCCCAAAAAUAGUAGAUUUCAACAAAACUAUAGAUGAAAAUGCUGAUAUUAACAAAAAGGUAGCUGACCUCAGGGGUGAGGUGGAAAAGUACAGCGCGACAUUCCAAUUGCCUGGCUAUGAAACAUAUUAAUAAGAAAGAUAAUCUACAAGAUACUUUUAAUUGUUCCUAAAUCAUUCGAAUAUAUACAUAUAAGAUAUUGUUAGAGUUAAGCAUAAGUAGUACUUUUUUGGUAUAGCUAUAAACAACUAACUUUUACAAAAAAAAUGUAACUGAAAGACAAAUAUUUUAUUGUGCCUUUAUACUAAUAAAUUAUAAGAAUAAAUAUUUUUCUC